UUUAACAAAGAAGAAAAGAACGUGUGUAACGAAGGAAUGGUUUCUAUGCAGGCCAGCCCUCUUCCUCUUCUCUGCCGCAGGUUACGGACGCUAUCCUCUCCUACCUGCCCGCGUAACCCUAGCCCCUUCGUCGCCGCCGUUCUGCGUCCUAUUAUGACCAAGCCCGCCGCGGAACUCCCCUCCUCAAAUUCCUCCAAGUUCCCCCUUUUUGCGGACUCCUCGCCGUCCAAUUUAAGCUCCCGAGAUCUUUCACUCUGCAGGUGCUUCGCUGCCAGCGGCGCCAUUGAUGGCAUUGGAUCAGAUUCUAACAAUUUGGAGUGUACGUUGGUGGUUGUUUCGUUUUACAAGUUCGCUGAUUUUCCGGACCACGCUGAUUUGCGGAAACCCUUGAAAGAGCUUUGCGAGCGGCUGCGUGUUUCAGGGGGGAUUAUUCUUGCUCGAGAAGGAAUAAAUGGAAGUAUAUGUGGAACCCGUGAUUGUGUGGAAGAAGUGCUCUCUUUUAUACAAGCGGAUGACCGGUUAAAAGGGCUCAGACGGAUUGAGUCGCCAGUUAGUCCCGAGGAAGAAGCUAUUCAUCAUGGACAUAUGAGUGGCUCUCCUCUAUCUGCAGGUGAAGAUGCACCAUUCCGAUGGGAUCAUGUGAGGGUCAAGUUGAAAAAGGAGAUAGUGACACUAGGGAUGCCCUCGGUGUCGCCAAUCGAAAGAGUUGGGAAGUAUGUCAGUCCCAAGGAAUGGAAUGAAUUGAUCAGCGAUCCAGAUACGGUUGUGGUAGAUGUACGAAAUGACUACGAAACCAGAAUCGGGAAAUUUAAGGGAGCAGUCGAUCCAUGUACAACAGCAUUCCGGGAGUUCCCAUCAUGGGUGGAUGACCAAUUCAAACUCAAUGAGCCCCCCGAAGAUCAACAAACCGAAAAGGAAAACAAGACCCCCCGAGUGGCAAUGUAUUGUACCGGCGGAAUCAGGUGUGAGAAAGCUACAAGCUUUCUCUUAAACAAAGGCUUCAAAGAAGUUUAUCAUCUUCAAGGUGGGAUAUUGAAAUACCUCGAAGAAGUUCCCAAGGGGGAAAGCCUUUGGGAGGGGGAGUGCUUUGUGUUCGACAAGAGAGUCUCGGUCGAGCACGGGCUCGUUCAGGGGACUUACAAGCUUUGCUACGGAUGCAAGAAACCCGUCAGCGACGCGGACAUGGAAUUGCCGGAAUUUGAGUAUGGAGUGUCUUGUCCGUAUUGCUACUCCACAAAAUCGGAAGAAGAGAAAGAGCGGGCAAGAGCCCGGCAAGAACAGUUUGAGCGAUGGGGCGUCAUCGGCGGCCCCGAUAAAGGCCGGAAGCCGACGAAAGCGCCGGAAAAUGAACGUCCGGUUGUAGCUGCCAAGCAGCGGAAGGGCAGAAAAGCAAGCGUUUGUUGUCGCCGUUCCCAUUUUGACUACCGCGUUGAUUCCUAAAUCGAUCAAUCUAGGGUUUACUUCUCCAUCGAUAAUGGCCGUUCCCGCCGGAACAUCGGGUCUCUUCAAGUUUCUACGCCCUGGCAUCCGUCUUCAGCCAACGGACGUACAGGCCGCCGCUCUCUGGGGGGUCGCCGCCGGCUCCAGUGCUCUCUAUCUCAUCCAGCCUUUUGAUUGGCUGAAAAAGACCCUCUUUGAAAAAUCUGAACCCGAAGAGAAGUGAAAGGAGAUGCAAAUCUUGCUGGUAAUUUAUUUACCCUUUCAUGUAGCCAGUGUUCAACUCUUCAGCUGGAUCAUUGAAUAAGAAUUUUAUUUUCCUUCAAUCAUUCUUGAAAGUUGCACGUAUUGCUGCUGUAUCUACUCAAUAAAAUCUGGAAACAAGUUCGUUUUUACCUUUCCCCUUUUUUCCUUUCCCAAUAUUUGCUAGCGCUUGCAGUUUUGAAUACAUUUUCUAUGUGAAGUGCUGUAGUCAUAGCAUAAAGUAAUUUACAGCACUUGAAGAUCUCUAUUUCUACAUUUUAAUAUUUGUAUCUGGAAUCAUAUCAUGUUUCCGAAUAGAGAAUCCUAUCAUUUCUUCCAGAAUUUUACUA